UAAAUUAGUAAUUUUUUUUAACAUUAGAUGAUUAGUUAUAUAAUAAUGAUAUAUAGCCCCAAUUUCCACACUUCCCUAGUGAAGAAUGUUCCUUUAUGGGAGUGGAUUUUUUUGGUCCUCAACUUGAUCGUGGAGCUUCCCACUGCUGUUUUUGACCAGCUUUCAUCCCCGCAUAAGCCUCUUUAUGCGCUAGUGGCGAUGGCGUUGUCCCUCCUAGCCUUGGUACUUUGUGUCAUUCAGCUGCUCUACAAGGGAGUAAAAGAAGGAGUCACCUUUGAGUGUCUAGGAGGCAAGAUACCCUGGUUUUAUUCUCAUCCAUCUGGCGCUCAGAAUCCCAAGCGUUUUGGUACCUUUGCAGAUCUCAUGGGCUUGCUUAGUGCCAUAUCCCAAUGCAUUGUUACAGCAAUCAAUUAUGAUUUUGCGCGAAGGGCUGCUAAUAGUCCUAUCAAAUUCUCAUUGUUGCCUAUUAUCUUUGCUCUUUGCCUUUUAUUUUCAAGAAUUUUAGAGACCGUAGAGAAAAAGGCUUCAGAGGGACAAGAUGCUUGAGGACGGUUUCUGAUCAGGUUACGGUGUAGCGUUGUCACGGCAAAUGGAUAUGGUUCUUCGGUUCUUGCUGCUUUGUUGUGUUUUAAGAAUGCUGUAAUACAAAAUCUCUAAUAUUUUCUUAUUGUUCCUUUCAUUUUUUUUCUUAUUAAUAAUAUUUUCCCACUGGG